UAGUGGUAGAUAUGUUUCUCGCUUUUUUCGGUGGUAAAUUGUGCUGAUCUGUAUUCACAGUGUCACAUCAAGUGCUGGGACAAGUAGGUCGCGAGCAACGAAAUGGAAAGACUCAGACGUGCUUUCGGUUGUCGAUGGUCAUCGGAUGUUAAACUGGAUGGCAAAACAGUCAUUAUAACCGGAGCCAAUACAGGAAUUGGUAAAGAGACGGCUGUUGAUCUAGCAAAGAGAGGAGCAAGGAUCAUAAUGGCUUGCAGAGAUAUGGAGAAAGCCAGUGCAGCACUGAAGGAAGUCAUAGAGCUCUCAGGAAACCAAAAUGUUGUGACCAGAAAGCUUGACUUAUCAGAUUCCAAAUCAAUAAGGGAGUUUGCAGAGGCAAUUAAUAAAGAGGAAGAACAAGUCAACAUACUGAUCAAUAAUGCUGGAGUUAUGGUUUGCCCAUAUGCAAAGACUGCAGAUGGUUUUGAGAUGCAGAUUGGUGUCAACCAUAUGGGCCACUUCCUGUUGACUUACCUGCUGAUGGAUUUAAUUAAAAGAUCAACGCCAGCAAGGAUCAUCAAUGUAUCUUCCAUGGCACAUUCAUGGGGAACCAUCAAUCUGGAAGACAUUAACAGUGAGAAGAGCUAUGACAAAAAUAAAGCAUAUAGUCAGAGCAAGCUCGCCAAUGUCCUUUUCACCCGUUCUCUCGGCAAAAAGCUACAAGGCACAGGUGUAACGGUGUACGCCCUCCACCCAGGCGUUGUGCAGACAGAACUGUGGAGGCACCUCAGUAAGCCACAGCAGGCACUCUUUUGGAUGAUAAAGCCAUUUACUAAGACAUCAGUGCAAGGAGCUCAAACCACCAUCUACUGUGCUGUGGCACCUGAACUAGAGACUCAGACUGGUGGAUAUUACAGCGACUGUGCACCAGCAAACUGCUCCAGGCUGGCCUCUGAUGAUGACCUGGCUAACAGACUGUGGAAUCUCAGCUCUCAGAUGCUGGGCAUAUCAUGGGAUUAAAAGCAUUACCAUGGCUCUUGGGUGGUAAAGGUUUACAUAAGAAUUGAUUUGGGAAGUCUUGGGCCAUGGUCAAACACUGACAAGAUGAAAAGCCUGAGUGUAUUUAGAUAAAUGUGAUAUACUAAUAUGUCUAAAAUAUCACCAGUUGUGCCCCUGACAUCAUUUACCUUUCUUCAUGCUGAAGGAAAUAUCGUUGUCCAGAAUUCACAUAAUUGUGAGUCUAACAUAAUCUCACUGUAAAUAGCUGGGUCAUAUUUUUGUAAACACUAAGACAUUUCUUAAAAAGGUGU